AAACAGUGAAAAUGGCGGACGGUGGACACCGGCGUGCGCGGGUGUUAAUAUUGGGAGGUACCGGGUUCAUUGGUCGCCAUUUGGUCGCAUACCUUGUCAGCCAUGACCUGGUCAGUAAGGUACGGGUGGCUGACAAGGUGCCCCCUCAGAUGGCCUGGCUAAACUGCCAACACAAGGAAGUAUUUGCUAACCCUCUGGUGGAGUUCAAACAUUCCAGUCUCAUCAACCCAGCUUCAGUGAAGAAUGCUUUCACAGACCCUGAGGGAGAGUUUGAUUAUGUCAUCAAUUUGGCCGCAGAGACCAAAUACGGACAGACAGACCCAGUAUACCAGGAAGGGAUCAAUCGUCUGAGCACGAACUGUGCCGCAGAAGCUAUGGACCACAAGGUCAAGCUAUAUAUAGAAUUCUCUAGUGGUCAGAUGUAUUCCUCAGACAAGGUAGAGGAGGAAGUGACAGGUAAACCGUGUCGUGAGGAUGGGAAAUGUGAACCGUGGACACAUCUUGCCAAACACAAACUAGAGGUGGAACACCAGCUGGAAAACUUCAAAGAUCUGAAUUACAUCAUAGUGAGGCCGGCUAUAGUGUACGGACCCGGGGACAGACAGGGUCUUACCCCUAGACUUAUCAUUGGUGCAAUCUACAAGUACAUCAGACAAAAAAUGAAGAUGCUGUGGACUAAGGACCUGAAGAUGAACACAGUACAUGUACAGGAUGUUUGCCAGGCUGUGUGGCACCUGUGUAACCAUGGUAGCCCAGGCCAGGUGUACAAUAUUGUCGACAGUUCUGACACAACCCAAGGUAAAGUGUGCCACCUGGUGGCAGAACUGUUCAACGUCCAGUACGACUUUGUCGGCUCCAUGUUCUCAAACAUUGCCAGGGUAAACAUGACAAGUGUGGUGGAGGAAAUCAAUGACAAACACAUGACACCCUGGGCAGAGGCGUGUCAAACCGACAAUGUGUCCAACACCCCCCUCGACCCCUUUAUUGACGAGGAACUGCUGUACAACAAACAUCUAUACCUGGAUGGGAAGAAGCUGUUGGAAACAGGAUUUAUCUACCAAAUACCCGCGCCCAGGCUGGAACAUCUCCGCGAGAUGCUUGAGGAUUACAUCAGCCUGGGCCUAUUUCCUAAAACUCUCCUCAAACAGGAGAUUUCUAGCAAGGGAGAUAACUCUAGUGACAUUGGUGACAAAGAUGAAUGAAGAUCACAUGACUUUCAAUCAAACUUUAAAUACCAUUCCUCCAGUAUCAACAUGUUUGUCUGGAUAUCCUCCCACACGACCAAUCAAGUUGUCUCCCUUGGACCAAUCAAGUCCUGUACACUUGUCUCUCAUCUUUGCAAUUGCCUGGACAAGUUUUGCAAUAGUUUUAUUAGAUAUUAGACGAGGGCAUACUACGAGGAAGUCCUGCCCAAGCUCAGUAGCUGUAGUAGUUGUAUUAGAUAUUAGACGAGGGCAUACUACGAGGAAGCCCUGCCAAAGCUCAGUAGCUGUAGUAGUUUUAUUAGAUAUUAGACGAGGGCAUACUACGAGGAAGCCCUGCCCAAGCUCAGUAGCUGUAGUAGUUGUUGUAAGCGGUGAUGAUAUUGAGUCACAAUAUCUGUAGUAUGCUGUGUUCUAUACAUGUAUUGACACAUAUUGUGUAAUAAGUUAUUCUGUUAAGAAUCAACAUGAGCCAAAAUUUACUGUUUUUAUUUGUUACUUGAAAAUGAGGAGAUUUUUAAGAUAUUUUAUAUUGGCCUGGAGCCAGCUUGUUGUAAAGGUGUAGCUUUAAUGACUACUUGAUGAUAGUUUAUGAAAUCCAUUUAUAGUGACCUUGUUUUUGUUGAUAUGUGACACAAGAAAUAUAUUACAUAUUAAGUGCUAACAUUUUCCACGGUUUAAUAUACAUACUCACAAUGCUACACGACUGAUUAUUUAACGAAGCAGUACGGUAUCCAGGACUGAGGAGAAAGGAGUAAUCUUCAGGAAAAAGCUGUGAUCCACAGGACAGAGCUGUGAUCCACAGGACAGAGCUGUGAUCCACAGGACAAAGCUGUGAUCCACAGGACAGAGCUGUGAUCCACAGGACAAGGCUUAUGAUCCACAGGACAGAGCUGUGAUCCACAGGACAGAGCUGUGAUCCACAGGACAGAGCUGUGAUCCACAGGACAGAGCUGUGAUCCACAGGACAGAGCUGUGAUCCACAGGACAGAGCUGUGAUCCACAGGACAGAGCUGUGAUCCACAGGACAGAGCUGUGAUCCACAGGACAGAGCUGUGAUCCACAGGACAGAGCUGUGAUCCACAGGACAAGGCUUAUGAUCCACAGGACAGAGCUGUGAUCCACAGGACAGAGCUGUGAUCCACAGGACAGAGCUGUGAUCCACAGGACAGAGCUGUGAUCCACAGGACAGAGAUGUGAUCCACAGGACAGAGAUGUGAUCCACAGGACAGAGCUGUGAUCCACAGGACAGAGCUGUCAAUACUGGAAAUUCUGUAUUAGAGCUCUGUUUAGUAUUUUGUGAUGAAAUGUUGAGAAGCAGGCCAACAUUUUUUUGGUUUUAGUUUUACAGACUUUUUCAAAAGCUUGAAGGAAAGUAGGAAAAGCAAUAAAAUGUUUUUUUUGUCCAAUUGGUAUGAUCCACGUAUCAUACAAAAAGGUCCCAUUUCCCAGUUUUGUUUUUGAUUUUGUCAAACAUAAUUUGUCAAUUAAUUCUGAAAUCAAUUAAUAUUGCGGAAAAUUCAAUGUAUGACCGUUUGUAAACUUCAGAUAAGAUUAUUUAACCUUAAUGAUACUUAGUGUUUCGUCUCCACUUCAGGUACAGGUAUGUACUGGCCUUUUAUUGUUACUGCAGUGUCACUGUUUUUGACCACUAACUAAGCAUCUGUGUUCAUUCCCAUCUCUAACCACAGGAUUGCUAAAUGGAACUGUUAUAAAGCAAAGAGUUGCUUCCCCUGACACAAAACUUCCUAUUAUAUUAUAAACUUUACAUAUCGUUCAUUAAUGCAUUGACUCAAAAGGAUCUGUUAGUUUUACACUUGUACAGUCAAGCCUGCUCAAGAGACCACCUCAAGUAGGAGACCACCUGUAUUAGGAGACCACCUGUACAACUCCCCAUUAUUGGCAUUUUCAUUCCUAAGAGACAACCUGUGUUAGGAGACCACCUGUGUUAGGAGACCAACUGUGUUAGGAGACCACCUGUAUGAGGAGACCACUUUAUGACCUCCUCAAAGGUGGUCUCCAAAAUAGAUUGACUGUAUUGUAGUUAGAGGUUAAAUAUAAUUCAUGAGUUAAACUUUAUUCUUCAGAUAUUAACUGUUAUCGAUUCAUAACAAUUGUCACUCUGUGUGUAAAUAUUCAUAGUUUAUAUAUGAAUAUAUGAAUAAUGUAAUGAUAAAUUGCAGGAAAUAUUCAGUGAAACCUGUAUAAAUCUCUACCCUGAGGGAUCCCAUACACUGGAUGGGUUAGACAGGUGUAUAAAUCUGUACCCUGUGGGAUCCCAUACACUGGAUGGGUUAGACAGGUGUAUAAAUCUCUACCCUGAGGGAUCCCAUACACUGGUUGGGUUAGACAGGUGUAUAAAUAUCUACCCUGUGAAUUAGGAAUAUUGUUGUUUGUGGGUUUUGAGAGUUCAUUUCUUUAUGUCGAAAAACUCAGGGGUCAGACAAGACGGGUUUCACUGUAUUGAGGUUUGUCAUUUAAAACAUUUUUUGUUUGUCCUCUGUUAAUUUAUAAGCCUCUAAUGUUGCAAUCUUGUCUUUCAUGACCUCGUUACUUAGUCAUGACCUUGUGACUUAGCCAUGACCUUUUGACAUAGUCAUGACCUCGUUACUUUAGCCAUGACCUUGUGACAAAGUCAUGACCUCGUUACUUAGCCAUGACCUUGUGAUAUAGUCAUGACCUUGUGACAUAGUCAUGACCCUGGUACAUAGUCAUGACCUUGUGACAAAAUCAUGACCUUGUGUCAUAGUCAUGACCUUGUGACAUAGUCAUGACCUUGUGUCAUAGUCAUGACCUUGU